AUGUACACGAAACUUGUGGAAGCACUGUGCAGUGAGCAUCAAAUCCCGCUGAUCAGAGUGAAAGAAAAGAAACAGCUGGGCGAAUGGAUUGGACUGUGCAAGUACGAUAAAGAGGGGAAAGCACGAAAAGUUUGUCUUUGCUGCAUAUCUAGUUUAGCCAGGUUAAACUCGGAAAUCGCUGCUCGA